AUGGAAAAUUUAAUUUAACAUCUAAAAAAUCUAUUUAUAUAAUAUGAAGUGAAAAUUGAUGAACAAGAGUUUAAUAACUUAGAAGGUGAAAUGAACAAAGUCUUAAUACAACAUAAAGAGAGAUCUCCAUUAAAGGAUAUAACUAAUAAUUAAAGAUAAGCAGAAGCAUAAUUGGAAGAAUAUGGAGAAACAAUAAUUAAACAAAUUGAAAGCGUUCAUAAAUAACCUAUCAAUAAAAUCCUUUAAGAAGAAAGUUUCUCUAGAUCUCCUCAUUAAAUAGAACAUAAUUAACGUUUAAAUUAUCACUAUCAUUCCUAAUGA